GCAAGCAGUGGUUAAAGGCUCCCUUCCACAUCCUUUUGCUUUGACGUUGUUUGGGGACACGUUGUACUGGACUGACUGGAACACACAUUCGAUCUUGGCCUGCAGCAAAUACUCCGGGGAGGACCUGCGUGAAAUACAUUCCAACAUCUUCUCUCCCAUGGAUAUCCAUGCUUUCAGCCAAAAGAGGCAGCCAAAUGCUACAAACCCAUGUGGAAUUAAUAAUGGUGGCUGCUCCCACUUGUGUUUGAUGUCUCCUACCAAGGCCUCUUACCAGUGUGCAUGUCCCACUGGUGUGAAACUUCUUGAGAAUGGGAAGACCUGCGAAGAUGGUGCCACUGAACUGCUGCUUCUAGCCCGCCGAACAGAUCUGAGGCGAAUUUCCUUAGACACCCCAGAUUUUACAGACAUUGUUUUGCCACUGGAGGAUAUCCGCCAUGCUAUCGCCAUUGACUUUGAUCCUCUGGAAGGAUACAUCUAUUGGACUGAUGAUGAAGUUAGGGCCAUCCGCCGUUCAUUCAUCGAUGGGACAGGUAGUCAGUUUCUUGUCACAGCACAGAUUGCGCAUCCUGAUGGCAUUGCAGUGGACUGGGUUGCCCGAAAUCUGUAUUGGACUGACACUGGCACAGACCGUAUAGAAGUUACAAGGCUUAAUGGGACCAUGAGAAAAAUCUUGAUAUCAGAAGACUUGGAAGAACCCAGAGCUAUUGUGCUGGAUCCCAUGGCUGGGUAUAUGUACUGGACCGACUGGGGAGAAAUGCCAAAGAUUGAGAGGGCAGCACUAGAUGGCUCAGACAGAAUUGUGCUGGUGAAUACCUCGCUCGGCUGGCCAAAUGGACUGGCACUGGAUUAUGCAGAAAGCAAAAUAUACUGGGGAGAUGCCAAAACAGACAAAAUAGAGGUCAUGAAUGCUGAUGGAACUGGGAGAAGAAUUCUGGUGGAGGACAAGCUGCCUCAUAUCUUUGGAUUCACAUUGUUGGGAGACUAUGUUUAUUGGACAGACUGGCAAAGACGCAGUAUUGAACGUGUGCAUAAACGCACAGCAGAGAGAGAGAUCAUCAUAGAUCAGCUGCCUGAUCUAAUGGGCCUGAAAGCUACAAACGUCCGCCAGAUAAUCGGUACAAACCCUUGUGCAGAGGACAAUGGUGGCUGCAGCCACCUGUGUCUGUACCGACCACAAGGCCUUCGCUGCGCUUGCCCCAUAGGCUUAGAGCUCAUCAGUGAUAUGAAGACCUGUAUCGUCCCAGAAGCUUUCCUGCUGUUCUCUCGGAGAGCAGACAUCAGACGAAUCUCUUUAGAAACGAACAACAACAACGUUGCUAUUCCACUCACUGGAGUCAAGGAAGCUUCUGCUCUGGAUUUUGAUGUGACAGACAAUCGGAUUUACUGGACUGACAUUUCACUGAAGACCAUCAGCAGAGCAUUUAUGAAUGGCAGUGCACUGGAACAUGUUGUGGAGUUUGGCUUGGAUUACCCAGAAGGGAUGGCUGUAGAUUGGCUGGGAAAGAACUUGUACUGGGCUGAUACUGGAACAAAUCGUAUAGAAGUGUCAAAACUGGAUGGACAGCAUCGCCAAGUGCUGGUGUGGAAAGAUCUCGACAGUCCCCGGGCAUUAGCACUGGACCCUGCUGAGGG